AUGCCAUUGUACAAUUCCCUUUUUUCCUCCCUCCUUCUCCUUAACAUCUUCACAGCCCUCACAUUCGCAACGGAAAUACUCAAUCAACACCUUAGAAAAACAUGUACAGUCAAACCCGGAGGAGAUACAUCCAUCGAUGACGCCCCCGCCAUCCUCCAAGCAUUCAAAGACUGCGGACAAGGUGGCACUAUAAAUUUUCUGCCAGAGAUCUAUCACGUCAAAACCGUAAUGACCACCACCGGCCUACACGACUGCGAAAUCAAUCUCCCGGGUACACUUCUGUGGUCAACCAACAUCCCCUACUGGCUCAACCACUCCCUCCCCGUCGGCUACCAAAACCAAUAUACGGCAUGGAAAUUCGGCGGUGACAGAAUCCGCUUCAACGGGUUCGGAACAGGUGUUCUCGAUGGGAACGGUGCAGAGUGGUAUGCGUGGAUACGGAAGCAGCCGAAUACGUCGAAUUAUCCGGGGAGGCCGCAUGCGAUAACUUUUGAUGGGUUGACGAAUUCGGUGGUGAGAGGGGUGAGCUUGCUGAGGAGUCAGAUGUGGUCUAUGUCCAUUAUUCGUUCUCAUCAUGUUCUUUUUGAUAGCAUAACCACGAACAGUACCGUCCCAGGCGGCACAAGCUGUAAGUCUGAUACUUCCCUUUUGGCCACUUUCAUACUCGUAUUCUCCUUCAAAUCUCGAUCUUCGGCUAAUUUUCCUCAAGCCAACACCGAUGGAGCCGAUACCUUUUUCUCACACCACAUCGCAUUCAACAACUGGACAGUAGAAAAUGGCGAUGAUAGUAUCUCUCUCAAAGCCAACAGCACUGACAUUUCCAUCACGAACUCCAGAUUCUUCAAUGGGCUCGGAAUUGCGAUUGGAAGUAUUGGCCAAUAUAGGGGACGAUUUGAGACGGUUGAGAGGUUGAGGGUUAGUAAUUGUACUUUUGAAAACACUCUACAUGAUGUAUAUUUCAAGACGUGGACUGGCGAAUCUGUUGGAUAUCCUCCAAAUGGGGGAGGAGGAGGACUUGGUUUUGCCAAAGAUCUAACCUUCACGAACCUCCACACAACCAAUAUACGAGGUAUUCCCAUCACCAUCUCACAAUGUACGCGCUUCAUGGGAUCGGGAGGCACAGGAAACUGCACUUCCUCGCCCUUCAAGAUCAGCGAUAUAUCUUUUCAAAAUAUCACUGGAACGACAAAGAAUACGGCUGUGGCAAGUUUUCAAUGCAGUGCUGUGGCACCGUGCGAGAGGAUUGAGAUCACGGGAGUUGAUUUGGUUCUCGCGAAUGGGACUGAACCGUGGAGGUAUUUGUGUGGUAACGUUAAGGAGGAGAUUGGAUGGAAAUGUAAUGGACAGGCAUGUGUUGGAGGGAGUGCAACUGGUGGAUGUUAACGAGUAAGAAAAAGUGGUUUCCGGUUGCGGUUCCACCAUGACUUGCGGCGAACACGAGCAGAAGGGAUGUUGAAAAUGUACCGUAUCAAAUACCGAUCUCGUCGUCCCCCCCAAAUACUACGAUAACACGAGAAAAGUCAUGGGUGAAACAAAUUUGCAUUUCCAUGAUUCCCAUCUGGAAUGAGGAGUGGAUUCAAUUGGC